GCUCAAUGCCGUAGAACCGCAGAUAGUGGCUUGUUGGAGACGCUAGUAGGAACGGCAGCGAGGCGGCGUUAGGAGCGACAUCUACGGACUGACACUCUGGGAGGGCUAUACCAGUCAGUCCCAGAGUAAAUUUGUGGACACCCAUCCAGUCAUCCAGGAGCAUAAGCAGAAGUGCUGCCCCAAGCCAAGGGGUCAACUGUUCAAACCCAAGGAUAAGCAAGCCUGAAGGUUCCCUAAACUCACAGCCUUUCCCACCUCAGCUGGGAGAUGGCAGUAAAUGUGUAUUCCACUUCAGUUACAAGUGAAAACUUGAGUCGUCAUGAUAUGCUGGCAUGGGUCAAUGACUCUCUGCAACUCACCUACACAAAAAUAGAGCAGUUAUGUUCAGGUGCUGCUUAUUGCCAGUUUAUGGAUAUGCUUUUCCCGGGGUGCAUACAUUUGAAGAAAGUGAAAUUCCAGGCAAAGUUGGAACAUGAAUUCAUUCAUAAUUUCAAAGUACUACAAGCGGCAUUUAAGAAAAUGAAUGUUGAUAAAAUUAUUCCAGUAGAAAAAUUGGUGAAAGGAAAGUUCCAAGAUAACUUUGAAUUUGUUCAGUGGUUUAAGAAGUUUUUUGACGCUAACUAUGAUGGAAAAGAAUAUGACCCAAUUCUUGCCAGACAAGGGCAAGAUUUGGCACCAAUUCCAAAUCCAGGAGAACCAGUAUUUAACAAGCCCAAGAAACCAGUUGGGACUGCAGAACUUAAAAAUGAAGUGGAUGCCAACAGACAGCUCUGGUACUAUCUUGACAGAACAAAAUCUUUCAGGAACUCUGAUCAAUUGAUCAUUUCUUGUCAAGUGCCACAAAGAACAUCUCCAACAACACCUAAGAAUAUAUCUGCUCCAGCACGGAUAACAAAUACAGUACCAUCUACAGGAGUACGAAAAAUACCACCUGUUGCUAGAAAUGGAGGCGGUGAUGCAGAUACACAAAUCAUGGAACUAAACCAGCAGCUUAUGGAGCUGAAACUAACUGUGGAUGGGCUAGAGAAAGAGAGAGACUUCUAUUUUAGUAAAUUAAGGGACAUAGAACUGAUAUGUCAAGAACAUGAAAGUGAAAAUACUCCAGUACUCUCCAGAAUUAUAGAAAUCCUUUAUGCCACAGAGGAAGGAUUUGCACCUCCAGAUGAUGAAGAUAUUGACGAUCAGCCUCAUGAAGACCAGGAUGAAUACUAAUGCUAAAAAUAUUGUCUGUGAUCUCUCUCUUUGUCUCUGUUCUAACUUUGAGAUCAAAUGUCCCAGGCUGUCUAGCCUUUCUGCACUUUCAUAUAAUGAUGAAAUAGUUUCUGUGCUUCAGCAUAUUUAUAAAGACUCCAGUGGCUCUUUAACAGAAAAGAACAAAAAAUUAUAGAUUUCAAGUUGACUGGUAAUGGUCAAGUAUCUGGGUAUUUAUGGCCAUUACAGCACAUUUUUCCAUCCAUGCAUUUACCUUAUGAUAAUAAGACUGCUGAAGCCUUAAAAGGUUGUUAUAACACUUUUUUUGCCAUUAACCAUUGAAGCCUCCUUCACUCUCCAUCACUAACUGGAAGAUUGUAUUAUAAAGAUUAUUUAAUUUGUAUAUAUAUUUUUUUUCUUAAUGGAUUUUACUUGCACUUUGCAUAUUGGUUGAUAAUAAUCAGAUCUGACAAGAUCAGUAAUGACUCUAUGAUGCAAGUUGUAGUUUGCCCUUCUAGUGUGAAUUGUAACAGCAUGUAUGUGGUUUCUUGAGAAAUCAAAAACAAUACAUAUAAUUUUGUCAGAACAGCUUAGACCUUAAUGGGAAGUUAGUAUCUGAAAGAGCAUGCAAAGGUUUUAAGUGACGGUCAGUGAUAAGAUCAGUAUUUUAUUGCUUUUUAAAAAGUAGUAAUGACAAGGAGACUGAAAAUAUUGCUUGUUGAGCGCUGUUUUAUAGUUUUUUCUUAAAAAAUGAAAAGUGUUGGUAAUUAACUUGAAGAUUAUCAUUAUCAUUAUAGCAUAGCUUUUACUGCUCUUCCCACAAGCAUCAGACAGUUGUGGUUUUGCUGUGUCUAACAGUAAAUUACAUCACCAUUUAACAGCUUUGUUUUUGAACCACUCACCAUAGUGAUCUAAAUAAAAAGCAGUGCAUUUUCACCAAGCACCUUUAAUCAAAUAUAAUAUUUAAGGUGAUGUAUUUUAAAAAAAAUGAGUUUAAGAAUUUUUCUUUUUAGUAGAAAAGGGAAGGUUUACUGAUGUUCAAGGAGGGGUGGUGAAUGAUGUCUUGGUUCAAUUUAUGCUUCAUUUUGAAUGAUUUCAAACAUUUUUUUCCUUUCUAACAUCACAUAUUAUGCAUCGCUGUCUACAAUAAAUAAGUCUGACACUGAUGUGCAAAACUUGCAUCUAUGUUUUAUUUAAAAUAAACGUGAUAAACACUAAA